AAUUAUAAUCAUUAUUGAGUAGUUUUUCGUGAUCAAAUACGGAUAAAAUAAAUCUUCAAGUAUAAAGUAUGAAAUAGGUUUCUGCAAACAACGCAGAUACAAUCUUUACUGUCAUAUGACUUUUCUUAACUGAUAAAGCAUGACUAAUCGCACUAAUUUUUAUUAAUUUGUUUAGUAAACAUGUUAAUGUAGUUUACCUAAGUCGCUUGUUGAAAAUUAAUUAAGGAAAAGUCGUUGUGACUGCGCUCUCGUGUUAAGCUAGCGGGACACCAUCCACACGCUUACUAGAGCGAUUAGAAUGAUUAAAACUUAUGGUGUAAAAAGUAAUUAUUCCAGCAAGAAAAGAAGAUAAGCGACAACAAGAAGACUUAAAAAAGUAGUAGAAAUGUCAGUAAGUAUGCGAAAGACUGAACAGAUUGUAGGAAAAAAGUCUCUCUACCGAUUACAGCCGGUCACCUUCUCUCGAUUUCCCAUAUAGCCUCUCCCACCAAACCCGGGACUUUUCAGUUUGUAACUUUAAAAUCAUUUAUAAAUCUCUGCAAAAAUUCCACAAAAGUUAACACGAGUAUACAUCGCUUGCAUACUCAGAUUUUUUAAUAACUACUACUACACGGGAUCAUGUAAAUAACUAGUAAAAUUCUACAGAACCGCACGUAAAACUUCUUCAUCAUUUAAAAGGAUUAAGCUUUAACUAUAGCUGGUAAUAACAUCAAAUAAUGAGCCUUGACCAAAACUGUAGUGCUGAAUAAAUUCUUCCGCACUAAACAUUCCAGGUCUAUGAAGGCCUAGAUAUUUUAGAUGAUGUUCUUUUUUCGAACUAGUAAAUAAUAGUACUAUGUAGAUUAUAUGAUGGAUAAUAAUAUACACACUUGAUCGCGCUUCAAAAGGAAAGCAAAAGAAGCCUCUCUCUCUCUCUCUCUCUCUUAACCUCUCGUUUCACCCGUCACCAUUAUCUCUUACACUGUUACUCACUUGUCUCUCUCUCUCUCUCCUCCUGCAUCUCGAAAUCAUCCUUUGCCAUGUCCGAUGCAUACGAGCCAUACCAUGUUCUCCAACAUAGCCGACGAGAUAAACUUCGGAUGCCUUCUCUCGAUUCCCACUUCCACUUUCACCACCCUCCUCCUCCUCCUUCUUCCUCCGGCGGCGGCGGCGUGUUUCCUAUCGCCGACUCUGAUUUCCUCGCAGCCGGUGGAUUCCAUUCAAACAAUAACAAUAACCCUAGCUACAGUAACUUCAUGGGUUUUCUCGGUGGCCAAUCUUCCUCUUCAUCCACCGCAGUCGCCGUCGCUGGAGAUCAUUCCUUCAACGCCGGACUCUCUUCUGGCGACGUUCUCGUCUUCAAACCCGAGCCUCUAUCUCUCUCUUUGUCAUCUCACCCUAGACCUACUUACGAUCUCGUCGUUCCCGGCGUUGUUAACUCCGGACUCUGUAGAUCCGCAGCUGAAGCCGCCGCUGCCGCCGUCACCGUAGCUUCAAGAAGCUCCGGUCCUCUCGGGCCGUUCACAGGCUACGCAUCCAUUCUGAAAGGAUCAAAGUUCUUGAAACCAGCACAGAUGCUUCUUGAUGAUUUUUGUAGUGUAAGUCGCGCGGUUUACACCGAACAAAUCGUCGACGACGAAGAUGACGAUUCCUCUUUGCUUUUUGACCCAACGAUUGAUAAUCUCUGCGGCGUUUCUGACGCCGGCGUAGGAGAAAAUGGCAAGAAAAAAUCAAAGCUCAUCUCCAUGUUAGACGAGGUCUACAAGAGGUAUAAGCAGUACUAUGAGCAGCUUCAAGCUGUGAUGGGCUCAUUCGAAUGCGUCGCAGGUCUCGGGCACGCAGCUCCUUAUGCGAGUUUAACAUUAAAGGUAUUGUCUAAGCAUUUCAAAUGUUUGAAGAAUGCUAUAACAGACCAGCUUCAGUUUAGCACCAAUAACAAGAUACAACAACAACGUGGCCAUGUGAUGAACUCUGAGAAUAAGACCGACUUUUUGGGGUUUGGAGGAAGUGAUAAUAGUAGAGGCCUGUGUUCUACUGGUCAAAGACAUGGAUUCCCUGAUCAUCAUGCUCCUGUAUGGAGACCACACCGUGGCCUACCCGAACGUGCUGUUACCGUUCUAAGGGCUUGGCUCUUCGAUCAUUUCUUGCAUCCUUAUCCAACUGAUACAGACAAACUCAUGUUGGCUAAACAGACAGGUCUCUCCAGGAAUCAGGUGUCGAAUUGGUUCAUAAACGCGCGAGUUAGGGUUUGGAAACCGAUGGUGGAAGAGAUUCAUAUGCUGGAGACUCGACAAUCUCAGAAAUCUUCUUCCUCUUGGAGAGACACCACCACCGCCUUCCCCGAUAACAACAACAACCCUUCUUCCUCCACGGCUCAACAAAGAGCUAACAACAACUCUUCUCCUGCUAGACGGGUGCGAAACGAUGACGUUCAUGCCAACACCAACAACAAUAACAACCACUUUAUGAACGCUGGAAACGGUGGGAACAUUGGAGGCGGCGGCGCGGUAAGCUUCUCCUACGGUAUUGCGUCAUCGAAUGUCCCGGGGAUGAAUACUAGCACAAAUGGAGGAGUGUCGUUGACGUUAGGGCUUCAUCAUCAGAUUGGGUUGCCGGAGCCUUUCCCAAUGACAACUGCUCAGAGGUUUGGACUUGACGGUGGCAGUAGUGGUGGCGGUGCUGGAGGGGAGUCUUACGGUGGCGGCGGUGGUGGGUAUGAAGGGCAAGAUCGUCCGUUUGGGAGAGAUUUUAUUGGAGGCAGUAAUCAUCAGUUUCUACAUGAUUUUGUAGGAUGAUAUCAUUUGUGUCGGAAGGAAAAAUAUGCUCGACGUUUGACAAUGUAUUUGAGAUGAGGGAAAUGGUAAUGCAUGUGAUGUGUAUAUUAGAAUGUUUUUAUUUUCUUUUCCUUUGUCGAAUCUUUAAGGAAUGAAACAGAAUUGAAACUUAAUUCCAUAGAAAUGAAAUUCUACUAAA